AUGAACUCCCUUCUCGCAGCCGUCGAGGCCGCCACAGCCACCACCCCGCCCGCCAACCGCACCUCCUCACCCCCGCAGAUCCCAACUCCCAGCCCCACUCCUCUAACUCCCAUUCACUCGCAACCUACACCCUCCGCAGUCCCCCCACCUCCCCCUCUCCCGCCACCGCUCCCCACUCCCCCCCCUCUCCCUCCCUUGGCCAUCCGUCGCGCCGCCUCCCUGCCUGGGAGCACCUUCACCACGUCGUCUGCCGUUAUUACCGUUCACGAAGCCUCCCCGCUCUCGAGCCAGUCCGAUAAGCGCAAGGGCGCCCGCGUCUUCUCGGCCCCGGAGAAAAGGGUCCUGGAGGCCAACUAUGCCCGCAACAAGUUUCCUUCCAGACUGCACAUGCAGACCAUAGGCAGGACUCUCGGUAAGGGCACGGAGAAGGUCCGCACGUGGUAUAAUAAUCGCCGCGCCUUAGAUCGCAAACUGGGCAUCGACGUGUCCAGGAAUCCCGCAGAUAGCCCACCGGCCCCGCCUUUCGCCCUGUUUCCAACAGCCGAUCCGAGUGAGGAGCCCGUUGUCCUGCCGGGCUAUGCCAUCGCGUCCCCAGGCACGCCAUCUGCGUGCAAUCACGCUGGAAAAGGGGAAAAGGAUGUCCCGUCCCCGAACAACACUGUAAAGGGCCUAUUUGAGAGCACUAUCUUCGUCAAUGUCACCCCCAGCGCCAUUGCGUGGGCCCCGUCUGCAUCGCCCGUCACGGGUCGGCCUUGUGCUGGUGCUGCGCCCGCGUCUUUGCAACCUCAGCCUAACAGAUUUCGGAUAACGCCGCUGCGCAUUCGCAAUAGUCGUGUCGUCAUGGGCUCGAGCGAGAUCUGCGGGGAGAUUGGGGACAACCCCUCCGCGGAUAGGGGCUUGGAAGUUAAGUUUCUGUUUGGGAAAAAGCGCAUUGUGUACGAGUGGUACUGCGGUGAGGACUUUGUCCAAGCGAAGAAGACGGGCGGGCCCUACGCAAAAAUGGAAAUGAACUUCAGUAGUGUCGCAAACAUUCAGCUGUUUAGAGGCGGGGCCGUUUCUGCGUUACAGCUUUCGUUUUCAGAAGUGCCCACUACGUAUUUGCAGACGCAGGAGAGUAUGGACAAAUUCAAGGUGCGAGCGCAGCAACGGCAGUAUCGAAAAGUCACUGCGGAUGAAUUUCCGAUACGUGUCUGCGUGGAGCAGCACAGAAUAUCAAUGAGAACAGACGAUGCUAUUCGCGUUGCCAGGGUCCUCAUCGAAGAAAACCCUCACCUCGCAGCGUCGUCAAAGGCAUGGGAAAAAGACUGCUCCUUGGCUGUAAGAGUAGCUAACCCAAGCACUGAGGUGACGGCGUUCAAAAUUGAGAAAGGGUCGGGUAGUCCGACAGUGGACCCAGUCUUGGUGAACACGCCGCAGUUGGAACAUGUGAAUAUCUCAAGGCUGAACAUUUGUAAACGAACGCCAGGCGAAGCCAUGGCGAGCCCAGGGGUCGUCGGUCAGCUCUCACAACCUUUCGAGCAAUGCAAUACUCCGAUGGUGCGCUCGGCGGAAAUGGUUUCUGCCUCCCCUUCAACUCAAAAAGACGGCAAGCGUGAAAGCGAGCUUCCUAUUGUGCGCCCAAUCACCGCCACAGGCGCUGCAUCCAACUUGUUGGGUUCACCGGCUCCGUGGCCAUCCCCUGCGACCCCUUUUAUCCCCAGCGGUCGACCACGGGGCAGGGACAUCAUGCAGUGGUCCACAGGUGUGGUCCCGCUUUGUGCAUCGACUACUCCGUUCCGGGAGCGCACCAACAUCCCCAGUGCACCUAGGGAUACGACCAAAGUGCGGCGCGAGCUCAACUUCAAUGCGUUGCACCACAUGCCAACGGAACCGCGGACGCCAGCUUCAAAAGGGCGAAAGCGGAAGGCAGAAGAGGCGAAGCUCGACGAUAAGGAUUUGCAUCAACGAGUUAACGACACUCCUCGCAGUGCUCCUAAGUUGAUACGAAGAAUAUCGAGCUGCGAGUCACCAAACGCAGCAACUGCAGGCGACACCCCAGCACGUUCAGGAGAGCAACUUGAUGCUAUAGAUCAUGCGCAUGGCGGAACUGGCAACCAGGAAACUGGUGAGCACGCCGACUCAAAGCUUCGCGCUCUUCCGCGGUGA